UCUCUUUUCCACAAAGUUUUGCAAAGUAAAGACGGGCCCAAGUGAGGCUCCCGCGAGUGCUUUUCAAAUAACUAAAAUUAGGAGAUAAAGUCUGCCUACACUUUGAUUAAAAUCAGUGAGUGGUCGGAUAAAUCGGUGCGGAAAAGUUCGAUUCUAAUCAAAAUUUGUGUUUUUCCUCCUUACCUGUGUGAUUAGGGUGCUCCGAUCCAAAUCGGGUAAACAAGCCGCAAAAAGUGCGACUGUCCAAAGUCGGUCUCCUGUGGAAGUGCUCGUGUGCGAAAAGAGGAAAUUCUGCUGCAGUUUUUAAUCGGAAGUGAAGUGACAAAAAAGACUCAAAAAUGCCGCAGACCAAAGCAACCAAUGGUUUUGCCACCAAUGGCCACAAUGGCUACGAAAUGGAAGACGGGUGCUCGUUUUUGUUCACCUCGGAGUCGGUUGGCGAGGGACAUCCAGACAAGAUGUGCGAUCAGAUCAGUGACGCCAUCCUGGAUGCACAUUUGCAGCAGGAUCCCAACGCCAAAGUUGCCUGUGAAACCAUCUCAAAGACUGGAAUGAUCUUGCUGUGCGGAGAGAUCACCUCGAAGGCCGUCAUCGAUUACCAGAAGAUCGUUCGUGAAACCGUCAAGCACAUCGGUUAUGAUGAUUCCUCAAAGGGCUUCGAUUGGCGUACAUUGAAUUUGUUGGUCGCGAUUGAACAGCAGUCGCCGAACAUUGCUCAGGGUGUGCACAUUGAUCGCGACGAGGAUAAUGUUGGCGCUGGAUUCGAUUACAAAACCUGUAACGUAUUGCUUGCGCUGGAUCAACAAUCACCCAACAUUGCCGCUGGAGUGCAUGUGAACCGUGCUGAGGAGGAAGUCGGCGCCGGAGACCAGGGCUUGAUGUUCGGUUAUGCCACUGACGAAACGGAAGAAUGCAUGCCGUUGACCGUAGUGUUGGCUCAUCGGUUGAACGAACGUAUCGCCGAGCUGCGCCGUAGCGGUGAGUUCUGGUGGGCUCGUCCGGAUUCAAAAACCCAGGUCACCGCAGAGUACGUGUUCGAGUCGGGUGCAUGCAUUCCCCAGCGAGUACACACUAUCGUGGUGUCGCUGCAGCACUCAGACAAGAUCGGUCUGGAAGAGCUCCGCAAGAACAUCAUGGACAAGGUCAUCAAGGAUGUUAUUCCAGCCAAGUACUUUGACUCGAACACCAUCGUGCACAUCAACCCGUGCGGUUUGUUCAUCAUCGGAGGACCCCAGGGUGACGCUGGCCUAACCGGUCGUAAGAUCAUCGUUGACACCUAUGGAGGUUGGGGUGCCCACGGAGGUGGUGCCUUCUCGGGCAAGGACUUCACAAAGGUCGAUCGCUCUGCUGCAUACGCUGCACGUUGGGUGGCCAAGUCUCUGGUGAAGGCCGGCAUCUGCCGGCGCUGUUUGGUGCAGGUUGCAUAUGCCAUCGGUCUUGCUGAGCCGCUCUCGAUCACAGUAUUCGAUUAUGGAACCUCUAAGUAUAGCCAGAAGGAGCUGCUGAACAUCGUUUCGAAGAACUUCGACUUGCGUCCGGGAAAAAUUGUCAAGGAUCUUAAACUGAGGACACCAUUCUACCAGCGUACCAGCACAUACGGACACUUCGGACGCGAAGGCUUCCCAUGGGAGGAGCCCAAGGAGCUGGUGAUGAAUUGAUUGGCAGCAGCUGGAGCCGUUGCUUGCGGUGGUAGCGGGGGCGAUUCGUUAGCUGCCAUUACCACUGUACGCAGUAGCGACGAGGCUACACCAGUAGUUUUAAAGAAAGCCAAGCUAGACGUUUAAGAGUAAUAUUCGAGCAUGAAUAGGGUUUAUUUUAAUCUGAAUUUUCAUCAGUUUUUUUUACGCGUGUAGGUGUCUCGUAUAAGUUCCCGUGACAGCUGAGUAUAGUUAGAUACAGCAGCCCUUUCCAGAGUCAAUAGUCGGAUUGUGUCAUAUUUUGGGCGGAAAAUAGUUUUUUUUUUUGUAUUUUCAAAGUUUAUGUUUUGUCCUUGCUGACAAUGUGAUCCCUGUACCAAUUUUUCGUACACUAAUGAAAAGUAUCCUUCCAAUUUACACAUUCAUAAUACUACUUCAAGGUGAAUCAAAAUUACCAGUCUUAAACAUUCGAAUCGUGUAGGAAAGAACAAAAAGUUUAGGAAAUCGUGAUCAAUAGAGUUUAAAAAUUGUAAAAGAAUUUCUUCGCUGUUGCCGCCUUUGUUAGUUGGUUAGCCCAAGUCUUACUUAAAACACAAAAACCAUCGCAAGAAAAUUAUGUAACCAUCGCAACAAUGUCUCUACAAUUAGUUUGUACGCUUACUUACACACAUACACACUGAACAAUUUGGUAAAACAACAAAUAGUGGUAUGUAUACAAAAAUAAAAGUGACAUAGUGUUUACAGAAAAUACACAACUACAAAAACAAAAAAGUCAUAAAAAAUAACAAAAAAAGUAGAAACAUGCUGCUUGAAGCGGUUAGAUAAAAAAACGGAUCCGUGAUGCUUCGACAAAGCUAGACCAUUUGGUUGGCCACAGUAGGAACCCCGAUCAAGUGCGCUUCCAGCGUAACAUCUCUUGGAAGUGCUGCCUGCUGCAAAAUUCGUUGUAUGACGUGAAAAAAAUCAGUUCAAUUGUUUCAUAGCGAUAUAUAUUUUUGGAUUGAAUGGAGAAUUCUACAAGGACGUGAGAUGAAACAUGGAGAAGGUACGCUUUAGAUUCUACAAUUGCCAUGUUGCAAACGUGAAUCGAGGAAAUCGGCAUGAAACCUAAAAUAUAUAGAAUAUGAAACAGUUGCAAGUUAAAACUUCGUUGAAUCUGGAUUAUGCUCUUUUUAAAAAUACAAUCACUUGUUUUCUAGGAGUCAUCAGAAACAUCGACAAGCGUGUUUGUCCAUUGACGCAUUUAGCAAGGCAAUAUUUUAACGUUUAAGAAUCGAAUGGUGCUUUUUGAGGGUGAAGCUUAAUGAUGGCAUACUAAAUUUGUCAUCCAUAGAACAGCCGUAAUAGUGUUCUGAAAAGAUUAACGGAUUACAUCAAUUAACUGCCAAUUUUUGUUUUGAUUAGUUAAUAAUGUAACAACACACAUUCGAUAGACCUAAAACACGCUGCUCUAACAGAACAAUAUAAACAAAAAAGUCAUGGAAUCUCCUCUCAUUCUGUAGGUUGCUGUAUUUAUAAAAUUCAAAAUCCAUAAAUUUGAAUUCUAGGGAUACACAACCAGCCACAGAAUAAGACACAUAGCAUUAAAAACAUUUUGCUCAAUUGGUAGCACACACAUAGUAGUCGACAUUCAUCUACAGGAAUGCGACGUUUCUUUUCCAAAAAAAACGGGCAGCCCCGAUGUCACCAACCUGCGCCGGAUGUUUGUUCCAAAGACACGAACCUACAUCCGGAAGGCUAAUAGGCCUGACAUCGUCGCUGGGUCACGCCCUUUAACACGAAUAAUCUCAAUAAUCCACACGCAACGAAGUUUAUUUUUUUCACAUGUUCAUACACGUUUUGUGUUGUGUUUACGUAAAGGAAUUUAUUUGUGGAAAAGAGCCAUUUCGAAAACACUCCGGUCCGCCGAAUGGUUGAAAAGUGCUUGCGGUACAGCAAAAAAAUCAGAAAAAUACAUAAAAUAGUUUCUUACUUUUACGGAUGUAACUGCCCAAGAUGUUAGUGUGGUUUUAUGUUUUGCUAAAAUUUCACCGGUAGGAAGAGGCAGAUUCACCACACAACUUUCCUAAGCGCGUUUCAUUUGAACGGAAAUUUUGACAAAAUGAGGAAUCUAACGUUGGAAUGCACGUUACGUAAAGUACAUUUAACAAAAACAAAUAUAACCUAAACCAGAAAAUUUAAACAUAAAAAAAUUGUACCGCGACACGCUUUGCGAGGGCUCGGAUUCGACCAAAAACAGAGUUUGAAUAGUUUUUAUUUGUCUUAAAUGAAUAUUCCCUAAGAUACGAUUUACUUACUUACUGCUGAGAAGAAUGGAAAGCGAAGAAAUAAUAAAAGAAAAUGCAUACUUCAAUAUCAAUCAGCUGGAUUGAGUUUAAGGAACAAAAGCACGAUCAGAAAAUUUAAUAAAAAGCAGAAAAUAUGAAAAUAUAAAGCCCCACUACUUCUGGUAGAGUGAAAAUAAA